AUGUUUUCAAGGAGUAUUAUGAAAAAAUUUUAUAGAAAAAAUUUAUUGAAAAUAUCGGGAAAUUAUGUAUCAACUUGGUCUCCUUUAGGAGUAGCAUUCAAUACACUUCCGAAUAAAAAAUUUAGUUUUGGUUUGUCAAAAGACACAGCUUUAUUUGGUGUGGAUUUAUUGUCAUCUCCUGAUGGGUUUGAUUUAUUUCAAAAAGAAGCAUGUACCAAAGCUGAUGAACUUAUAGCUGAAGUUUUAUCUCCUGAGAGAUCUAGGAAAAUAGUUGACAUAUUUGAUGAUUUAUCCGACACCUUGUGUCAAGUAGCUGAUUUGGCAGAGUUUAUUAGAAUAGCUCAUCCUGAUCCUCAGUUCAGAAUUGCAGCAGAUUCAGCUUCUGCAAAAAUAAAUGGUGUAGUUGAAAAAUUAAAUACCAAUAGACCUUUGUAUAAUUCAUUAAAAUAUGUUGUUGAAAAUGGAGAUGUCAUACCCACUACAGAUGUUGAUAAUCAUGUCUCAAAGCUUUUUUUAUUUGAUUUUGAACAAUCUGGAAUACAUUUACCUAAAAGUAAAAGAGAAGAAGUUGUUAAAUUAAAUGAAAGUGCUUUAAAUUUAGGUCAAUUUUUUAUGAGGCAAGCUGAAUCUCCAAAAUCGAUUGCAGCUAAUUUAGUGCCAAAAUCUGUUCGUCAUUAUUUUUACAGUGAUAAUGGAAAUAUUAUUAUCAAUGGUCUGUUUGCAGAUUCCCCGAAUGAAUUAUCAAGGGAAAUUGCUUACAAAUUUUAUUUAUAUCCGGAUGCUCAUCAAGAGUUUUUAUUAAAUGAAUUAUUAAAAGUUCGACAUAAUCUAGCAAUUACUUGCGGUUUUCCAACAUAUUCACAUAGAGCAAUUAAAGGCACUGUUGCAGACACUCCAGAGUUUGUAAACUCUUUUUUAAAUAAAUUAAAUGAAGAUUUAAAACCCUUAGCUAAAAAAGAUUUAAGUUAUUUACUCAAAUUAAAAAAAUCUGAAAAUCCAUCAAGUGAUAAAAUAAAACUUUGGGAUGUGGCAUAUUACAGGAAUCAAGUAGUCGAGAAUCAUAUGAAAGUCGAACUUAACGAAAUAAAUUCUUAUUUCUCUCUAGGAGCUUGCAUGGAAGGAAUUAAUAACUUAACAGAAAAUCUUUUUGGUAUAAGUUUGAUUUGUGUAGAAACAACUCCUAAUGAAAUUUGGUCUCCAGAUAUAUAUAAGUUGGCGGUGGUUCAUGAAACUGAAGGAUUGUUGGGACACAUAUUUUGUGAUUUUUACCAAAGGACUGAUAAACCCAAUCAAGAUUGUCAUUUUAUGAUUAGAGGAGGUCGAGAACUUAGUGACGGAUCAUAUCAAAAUCCAAUAGUAGUGAUCAUGUUGAAUUUGCCUGUUCCCCAGUGGUCUUCACCUUGUUUAUUAACUUCUAGUCAAUUAAGUAAUGUUGCUCAUGAAAUGGGUCAUGCUUUACAUUCAAUGUUAGCUCGAACCAAACAUCAACACGUCACUGGCACAAGGUGUUGUACAGAUUUCGCUGAAGUACCCAGUAUACUAAUGGAAUAUUUUGUAUUUGAUCCUCGAGUCCUGAAAACAUUUGCCAAACAUUUUCAAACGAAAGAAUCAUUAAGUGACGACAUGGUGAAUAAAUUUUGCGAUGCAAAACAUUUGCUAUGUGCAACCGAAACUCAUAAACAGGUACUUUACUCUGCCUUAGAUCAAAGGCUUCAUGGAAAACACCCGUUGGGUUCAAGUUCUUCAGAAAUCUAUUAUAACAUUCAACAAGAGUACUCAGUUUUAGAACCUGUACCAAACACGGCUUGGCAAUUAAGGUUUUCUCAUUUGGUAGGUUACGGUGCAAAAUAUUAUUCUUAUCUUUUAUCCACUUCAAUAGCAUCGUCGAUAUGGCAAAAUUAUUUUAAAGAAAAUCCAUUUAGUAGAGAGCAAGGAGAAAAAUAUAGGCAAAAAUGUUUAAAACACGGAGGUGGAAAACCCGCGAGACAAAUGAUAAAUGAUUUUUUAAAAGAAGAUAUAACCCCGGAAAUAAUGGCGGAUGUUUUAUUAAAAGAUAUCGAACAACAUAACCACCUUUUAAAAAAACUUAUGCAUUUUUAA